GGGAAAACUUGGAAGGUUGGUGGGGUUUGAAGCGGCGGCCGUGAUGUUUGGGGUCUCGGCGGAGAACCUCCUCAGGCAGGCCAGAGAAGUACAAGAUGAAGACCUACAGAAGUUCUGUUCCCGCAUUACCACACUCUUGCAGAAUAAGGAAUACAACAAGGAGACGACCGAUUCUCUACAGAAACUCUUCCUGAUUGUCUCAGCAACAAAAUAUGGCAGAACUCUUCCCAGGGAUGUCCUACAGAAAUUCCACAGCACCUUGUGUUUCCUGAAGGCGCCACAGCCAGUCCUUGCUCUGUGCUCGGCUAUCCUGCGAGAGGUCCUGCCAUGCACUACUUUGACUUUAUCUUGUGAUGAGGUGAAUGAUAUGAAAACCAUGAGUCUUUUAUCAAGUAUAAUACUGGCUCAGGGCAGUAAAAAUGGUGACAUAGAAGCUGUGUGUAGUCAUGUUCUGAAACUGCUAGAAGCUCGCCAAGUUGAGAGUCAAGGUUCACGGUUUCUUCUGCCUAUCUUGUCCAAAGUCCUUGACGUUGCACCUACAAUUCUCAACGAAGAGCAGGUGAAUACUGUUUGUAAGAAGCUUGUCGACUGGUUGCGGUAUGCAAGUACAUUACAAGGUGUCCCUCUUUCUUCUGGAGGCUUCUUUAGUCCAAGAUCCCGACAGCCUGCUUCCAUUUUAGAGGUGGAUGGAGCGGUGGCAGGUGAUUUCUUCACGUUACUUUCCAUUGGCCACUAUUACACUGAGGACCAAUGGCUCAACAUGCACUCUUUCUCCAUGAUCAGAAAGUGGCUGCAGUAUUUUGGGGCAAGUGGCGUUAACAGCAAUGAUGCAGAUGAAAAGUCUGAAUUAGACAGCUCUGUAAUGUCAAUAGUUUCUGCUUCCUCAACAUCAAGUCGUCUGAUGCCACCUAAAGAACGUCUGCGGGAGAAGACGUUUGAAUAUUGCAAUCGGUUAAUUGAACAGAGUGAUAGAAAGGCUAUAAAGAAGUCUGACUCAGAACUUCAGAAAGCUUGUCUUAUCGAAGCAGUGACUCUGUUGGACCUGAUCUGUCGACAAGAUCCUUCGUUUGUGUAUCGAGCGUUUCAAGUGGUGAAAGCACUAUAUGGGAGGAUCUCUGCAGAUUCUGGUUUUGCCAGAGUGCUGCUUCCAGUUGUUCAAUUCUAUCUAAAUCACAGUGAACUUGCAGCUGUGGACUCUGAAGCUAUUUACAGACACUUAUUCACCAAGAUCCCUUCUGAACUAUAUCAUGACUCAAUGGUGGCCUUUGAAAUUGUCCAGUUUUGCAGGAGGAAUAGAAAAAAACUGAGUGAGAAUGUUGGUAUUUUCCACAAGAGUUUUCCAAAUAUUUUCAAGUUCCUAGCUUGGAAUGCAUCUUGCUUGUUUCCUGAUUUCAUUGAAUUACUGCCUGAGCUGAUUCGUCCAGACACAUCGCUGGAGAUCCUGCAUUCGCUGCUUGACCUCCCUUGUCUGACUGCAGCACUUGAAGCCCAACUCAGGUCGCAGUCCUCUCUUGCAAGUGAGAAAAUGAUUACAGAUCAGAACAGAAAGGCUCUAAACUCUGCAGAAGCAUUCCAGAACCAGUAUUACCGGAGCAUGUUUUCGUAUAUCCUCCGGGUAGAGGCAGGAGCUGGGGAUACUAUUGACAGGGAACACACUGGGCAGGUCCAGAAGAAGAGAAAUUGGGUCCUUCUCCAACCUCACACCCAAAGUCCUCUCCAUUGCACCUGCCACAGCGCUCCAGUAUGUUUGGAGCCUACCACAGGACCAGAGACAAUGGAUGGUCCACUGAUCAAUCAGCUGGUUCUGGUUAUCCUGGAACGUAGCAGUCUCCUAUAUGACAUCCCUGACUUCAAAACUGAAGUUCAACGUGUAUUCAGUUCCCAGCUGUUGGUGUUAUGUAAACUCUACCCACCUCUAAUAGUGGAACAAUCCAAAGAGCUGCUGGAAUUUUGUGCAACAGUCAGCAACAUUAUCAAUAAGGAGACUUUCUUCACUCAUGUGGUUUGGGCCAUCGGGGAGUACAUGUCCUUUUCGUAUGACAGAUGCUGCACAGUGGAACAAAUUACCAAGUUCUUUGAAACUCUCGAAGCAUUACUUUUUGAGAUCACACAGCUGCGAGCCUCUGCCCAUGUCCCCAAGUACUCACCGCGGGUUAUCACUAUUCUCAUGACCACCCUGGCAAAAUUAGCAUCUCGGAGCCAGGACCUGAUUCCAAGGGUCUCUAUGUUCCUGUCUAAGAUGCGGCCUUUUGUACGCAGUGCUAUGAUUUCCUCCAUGUACAGUGAGGAUGAUAUUCAAGAAAUCCUGACUCGUGCCACUGAGCUCAACAAUCUGUUAAAAGUUCCAAAUGUAGCUCAGGUUAUAUUGGGAUCCUCUGUGGACAUUGUCAAUCCAAGGUGGUACAAGGAUACCAAUGCUUCAUUACCACUCACCUUGAGGACUAUCAGCAAAGUGCUGCAGAGAGAGCCAGCACCAGGAUUCUCUGCGUAAAAUCUCUGAAAUGUGUAUGAUUUUGUGUUUUCUAAGAAAUAUUUACAAGUGUUCUUCAAUUUUUAUGAAGUCUUCUAAAAGCUUUGCCAAAAAUUAAACAGAUUAAUAGGUGUUCAAUGUUGAGUCCAUUACAAUUAGACCAUUAAGAUAAAAUCAAACAUGAUAUUGGGCUGAGCAUUUAUCUUGAUCUAAGAUGAACCUGACCGACACCCCUCCAAUUACUACCUGCAUGUGCCUCUAUCCAAGAGUUGCUUAAAUGUCCCUAAUCUCUCUAACUCUACCACUAACCCCUGGCAGUGCAUUCCAUACAUCCACCAAUCGCUGCGUAAAGAACUGUCCUCUGCCAUCUCCCCUGUAAACGAAAGCCAAAACACCAUAUGCCCCCUUAACAACUCUAUCAACUUAAUGGUAAAAAAUGAGGUCUGCAG